AUGUGGGGCGCUGUCCCAGGGACUGGACUUAUSACYAGCUSUAACGGGWGYWKUGGUGUYCCUAAUGAUCCUAACAGUGUGUAUGGUGUGGUGGGUGAGGACAGUCCUCCAUGGCGAGGUAAGAAGGCCAACAUUACCACCACUACUACCAGUCCUGACCGGCCUCUCCAGAGCUCUGCCAGUCUGAAGGACAUCACAGGAGAAGCCAUCAACCUGGCCAGUGGCAAACUCAAAGAGUUCUCCUUCGAGAAGCUCCGCCUCUCCACCAGCCAUGUGACCUUCAGGAAAGGUCGCAAGGUCAGGCCGGACUCCUACAGCCGUCGGUCCACGGACCUCGACAUCGUCUACGGACACUUCACUGGGAACGUCGGAGGAACGGGGAAUGGGACAAUUACCGGAAAUGGAAACGCCAAUGAUGAGAACCUGCCUCCUUUCAGCGACACCAUCAAGGUGCUCAAAGGCCUAUCGCCUGCUAGCAUCACCGCCGGGGGUGGGUCUCUAUCCACAACCAGCCUAUCCAGUGUCUCCAGGGCCGGGGGCGGGUCCACCAGUAGCCUAUCCAGCGCCUGCUCUGGUUCCUUGGAGGCGGGGCUAAACACAGUGGCGUCUCUCUACCUCAGCUCAUUAGCCGACGAGUCCCUCAUCGCCCGGUUACUGGAGAAGACCCGUGCAGGGGAGGAGGGAGGAGUGGGAGGAGCAGGGGGGGAAGACAUACGGGCCUGUCUGGACAUUCUGGUCAAGUGUUCAGAGGACUUGAAGAAAUGUACUGACAUCAUCAAGCAGUGUAUCAGUCGGAAGAGUCCCGGGGGAGGGGAAGAUGGGGGAGCCAGUCCAGAGAGCAUCUACAGAGCUGUGAUGACCAGACUGAGCUCCUAUCUGAGGAAACUGCCUCUAGAGCUGGAGGGGGCUGGGUUAGGGUUAGGGUCAGGGGCAGGAGGUCAAGGGUCAGGGAUUGGAGGUAAUAGCGAGUUGGCCGAGCUGGUUAGUAGUCUUCAAAUGCUGCAGCAAGCUGCUGUCCCCUUCUCACCCAUAUUUGGGAAUGAUCAACCGCCACGGUAUGAGGACGUUGUUCAGAACCCUCCCUUACCCAAGAGCAGGGAUCUACUGCCACCCUCAUCACUCGCUCCAGACUCCUCUCUCCCUUUGUCCACUACGCCUGAGACAGCAGGGAGGCAUAAGGUUCAGACCAACGGGCUGCAGCACACGCACACUCUGUCACACACACACUCUCCCUCACUGCAUACACACACGUUGUUUAUUUCUACCCCYCMAUCCCAGGCACACACACCUUCAUCACAAACGCACACUCCGUCAGCRYGCACACACACUCCGUCCAUCUCCCCCAUGGAGGCUCUCUUUAUUGAGGAGGAUGYAGACCUGGGAAGGGGKCUGAACAGGGCUUCCAGACACACACACUCACACACACCGACCAGAAGCCUCACACACACUCACAGUCGGAACGGGACAGCUUUUAGUCCACACACACCCCCCAGCUCCGCGCACACACACCUCAGCCCCAAUCUGUCACACGUACACGUUACACACACACUCCAGUCUGCCGGUGAAGACCUCACCYGCCCCCCAACCUCCGAACACACCCCUCCUGUCACUCAUAGAGACGACGACAUCGACACACUUCUGAUGGACUUGGAGUGUCUGUCGCAGAGCAUGGGUCGGGAGAGAGACAGAAUCAGAGAGGGAGAGAGAGAAAGMGAGACGGAGCCCCCUCUCCCCGUUAAGACCAGACAGAGGGGGACAGGACAGGGGAACACCUCCCCACAAACCCAACCCUCUCUCCAGACACAAACCCAAAUCAACCCCCAGGCUCAAAGGCCUGUUCCUGUUAGCCACCUAACCGCUAACGCCCAGGCCACUAGGUCGACCCCCAGCUCGCCUGCUCCUCUCCCCCAGGCAGAGGGCAGCGUGGUGGGGCUGGGAGAUGAGGAGGACAGGACCCUGCUGCUGAGGAUCCUGGAGAGCAUUGAGAGCUUUGCCCAGGAGCUGGUGGACUCUGGGGGUAGUCCUGGGAACACUGGGAAGACUGGGUCUCAGAGCAAAGAGAAGGAGGUGAUGAGACUCCUACAGGACACUCUGGCUACUGCAGCCAAGACUGACACUAUGACGCAGGCCAAACUACCUGGAUCUCCACCAGCUGGGCAAGAUGGACCUGUAUCCACGCCUGUACAUGUGGCUGCCUCCACACCAACACCUGCACCCAGACCUACAUCUGGUGCUGUAUCCACACCUGCACCCAGACCUACAUCUGGUGCUGUAUCCACACCUGCACCCAGACCUACAUCUGGUGCUGUGUCCACACCUGCACCCAGACCUACAUCUG